AUGCGGGUAACCACGGCAAUUGCUUCAUUGCUUCUGGUCGGCUCGGCCGUCGGCCUGCAGAACCCUCAUCGGAGGGAUGUGCCUCCCCCUCUGUCCCACCGCAAGUUGGCUGCGCGGGAACUCCCCGUGGAGCGCAGAGCCACCGAUUACGAGUAUCUAACCAACAAGACCGCAAAAUUCCUGGUCAAUGGCACGGGAAUACCGGAGGUCGAUUUCGACAUUGGCGAGUCCUACGCCGGUCUCCUUCCCAACACGCCAACCGGCAACAGCAGCCUGUUCUUCUGGUUCUUCCCUUCGCAGAACCCCCAGGCCAGCGAUGAGAUCACCAUCUGGCUCAACGGUGGCCCUGGCUGCAGCUCGCUAGACGGCGUCCUCCAAGAAAACGGCCCCUUCCUCUGGCAGGCCGGCACCUACAAGCCCGUCCCCAACCCCUACUCCUGGACGAACCUCACCAACAUGGUCUACGUCGAUCAGCCCGCCGGCACAGGCUUCUCCCCGGGGCCGUCGACGGUCAACGACGAGGAGGACGUGGCAGCCCAAUUCAACAGCUGGUUCAAGCACUUUGUCGACACCUUUGGUCUGCACGGCCGCAAGGUCUACAUCACGGGCGAGAGUUACGCCGGCAUGUACGUCCCGUACAUUGCAUCCGCGAUGCUGGACGAGGAGGACACUACCUACUUCAACCUAAAGGGCAUCCAGAUCAACGACCCCUCUAUCAACAGCGACUCCGUCAUGAUGUAUUCCCCCGCCGUCCGCGCCCUCAACCACUUCAACAACGUCUUCGCCCUCAACGACACCUUCCUCUCCUACAUCAACGCCAAAGCCGACAAAUGCGGCUACAACGCCUUCCUCGACUCCGCACUAACCUACCCACCUCCCACUCCCUUCCCCACCGCCCCCGAAAUCACCGAAGACUGCCAAGUUUGGGACGAAGUCGUCAUGGCCGCCUACGACGUCAACCCCUGCUUCAACUACUACCACCUAACCGAUUUCUGCCCCUACCUCUGGGACGUAAUGGGCUUCCCGUCCCUCGGCUACGGCCCUAACAACUACUUCAACCGGUCGGACGUCCAAAAAGCCCUCAACGUGCCCCGGACAGAUUACUCCGUCUGCAGCGAAUCCCUCAUCUUCGCCAACGGCGACAAUUCUGACCCCAGCUCCUGGGGUCCCCUCCCUAGCGUCAUCGAACGCACCAAUAACACCAUCAUCGGCCACGGCUGGCUCGAUUACCUCCUCUUCCUGAACGGCUCCCUCAUCACGAUUCAGAACAUGACCUGGAAUGGCAAACAGGGGUUCCAACAUCCUCCUGUGGAACCUCUCUUCGUCCCUUACCACUACGGUCUGGCUGAGCUGUACUGGGGUGAUGAGCCCGAUCCGUAUAACCUGGAUGCUGGCGCUGGAUACCUCGGCACGGCGCAUACCGAGCGCGGAUUGACGUUUAGUUCGGUGUAUUUGUCUGGUCAUGAAAUCCCACAAUACGUUCCCGGAGCCGCCUACCGCCAACUGGAGUUCCUCCUCGGAAGAAUUAGUAGUCUGUCGGCAUGGGGAAACUAUACCUCUUGA